CAGUCAGUAGUAGCGAACCGCGCGCGCGCCCGCACCACGCUCCCACCGCUGCUUAAUCCGCCGCCGUAUUCAGCUCGUCCGCUUACAGCACCGCUGUAAGAGCACGCAGCACGAGCGCGCACGAAGUGGUAGUGAUGGACUGCUUAGUGUGGAUAACGCAGUUGUCGGCGGCAACCAUUGUCAGUAGAUGGCAAUGAAUCAUUGUUGCGUGAAAUGUCUGCGUUGAGGGCGCGGAGGGUACAGGAGGUGCGGAAGGCGCGGCGGGCGGGGGCGGGUCUCCGGGUGCGCGAAGCUAUGAGGAACUGCGACCGCCAGUCGCGCGCGACAUGCAGACAUACGCACACCUGGAGGAGGCGCUGUUUAAGGCGGGGGGAGAAUACAUGCACCGCAGUCCAGACCUAACACCCUCGCCCGAACGCCGCGAGGAUUCCUACCGCACGAUGCACUACGAGCCCUACUCACCGCCGCCCGCGCCGCCACCAUAUCACCACCUCGACAAUGGCGGCGUAGCGGAGAGCAGCGUUAGCGGCGGCGGAGCGUAUGCACGCUGCGCUGGUUACGCCAGUGGCAACGCAACGUACUACAGCGGUGGCGGCGAACUUGGACAGCCACAAACAUGGGGUGGUUCAUCACCCGUCUAUUGUGGCAGCACUGUACUUGGUGAUUAUGUGGAAGGCGAAAGUGGAGGCGAACCCGCCAGUGUUGGAGCACUUCCCCCUUUUAGUGCGCGUUUCGGUAGCGCCUAUGCCUCCACAUCGCGCGCUUCCGCCACUGCGCCUACUGCCUACACGCAACCCGAGCUUUGGCGUGUCGAGUGCAGCUAUACUAGGCCUCAGCUGUCCGCCGCCGCCAGUCUUUCUGCCAUGGAGCUGGCUGAGGUGGUGACGGAUAGCCGAGAGUGCGUCAACUGCGGCGCCGUGCACACACCGCUGUGGCGCCGCGACGGCACUGGCCACUACCUGUGCAACGCGUGCGGCCUCUACAACAAGAUGAACGGCAUGAACCGGCCGCUGAAGCAGACUCGGCGGCUGGUACGUCAGCGGCACGCGGCGCAUCACCCCGCCCCCGACAUGGGUACGAAGCGGCCAGGUAUGUCGUGCAGCAACUGUCAAACCACUACAACGUCAUUGUGGCGUCGCAACGCUCAUGGUGAGACAGUGUGCAACGCUUGUGGGCUUUAUUACAAACUGCACAACAUCCCACGCCCCAUCGCCAUGAAGAAAGACUCAAUACAGACACGCAAGCGCAAACCCAAGAACAGUAUGAAGGCGGAACGUCACUUAAGCAAGAGUAUAGUGCACGCUGCGCACGCGGUGCAGCAUGCCCCCCGCGCCCAGCCCCCGCACACUGCACACUCGCCGCACAAUUCGCACGCGCCGCACUCCAUGUCGUCUUCAGUCGAAGUUAAAAACAACUGGCUGACGGACAGGUUGAUGUCGGCUAUACAAAUGCAGGAUAUCAAGGAAGAGCGUGACGUCAAAGUAGAAAACUACGGCUACGGCGGUCCCGUGAAGGUUGAAGAACCGCCACCAGCACACGCACACUACGCGUCGCCGCUUCACUCACACACGCACGCCCACGCGCAUACACACGCACACACACACAAGGAGUACUACGAGGAGGCGGCGUAUGCACACGCAGCGGACCCCGAACGGCCCACCGUUGUAUCUAUGGGCAGCUGAGCUCCAAACGCCCCUCCCAACGCACAGAACAAACUCACGGAAUCUCCGCGAUAGAAUCUCACUCGCUUAGUAUCCUUAAGGUAUCUUCCGCUGCGUGAUUCUUGUUAUUCUCGCAAAAGUGGUCCUUAAUUUAUUUCCAAUAGGGUGACACAAAACGUGUCUAUAGUGUAGUCGUAGUGGAGUCGCUAGUUGACCAAAUAAUGACUCGGCGCCAUGGCAGUAGUGGUGUGUGAGUCCCAACAACCUUUAGUUACUAUUACUUACAGAUGACUGUAAAAGGUCUGCGAGCCUAUUUUAAUAUAACAAUGAUAAUGUAAUCCCACUAGUUACUUAUUUGUAAGUAAUCGUUACCAAAAUAAUGUAAUAAAAUUGAGACUGCGAAACAUUCCUAAGAUGAAUUCCUAAUUCGUUUAUAAAUUUUAUAAUUAAGAGGCUACCAAGUACAAUAAAUAGGUGACCUCCAUGACUUCAUGUGAGCAUUCCACGAAUUUAUUAUAUAAGAUUAUACACGUUAUUCUAUAGUAAUACUUAUUAAUUUUAUUCCUGUUGAUGUUCGUUCAAUUGCUGAACGAAAGUGUGUUUAUUGUCGUUCAAAGCUCAAAAAGUGUGACGUUCGUUAGACAUAUAUUAAAUAAGACACGACAAUUUUAAUCCUGAACUAGAAUAAAAAUACUAUCCGGCAAUAAUGUUAUAGUUAUAGUUUAAUAUAUCGUACAAAUUACAUAUGGCUCUCACGGUAGGACAGCAACAAUGCGUCUAGACAAAAAAUACUUUGACAUUCAAAUUUAUAUGAAAGUUUUUAAACCUUUUUAAAAUUUAAUAUUUCGUUCCCAGGUGCUUGUAGCAAAGUAUAUUUGUAUAGAGGCAGAACUUUGUUGAAUUACUUAGCAAGCUCAUAAACCAAAGGUGUUAUUUUAAUCGUGGUUUUAACUUUCUGUUGUAUAAAUACGAUUUUUUAUAUUAAUUACUAUACUUUGUUUUAAGCUAGAUGACAAAGGUGCAAAUGUAUUUUGACAUAAUAAUUUAAAUUUAGAAUAUUACAGACUCGUUCGUUUACAAUGUCUCUUUUAUUUAGUGCUGAUUCAGAAUUACCCCGAAUAACUAUUUAAUCUGUGCACUAUGUACUAUGAGAUGUUGUAAAUGAAAUAUAUAUAUUUAUAUAAUCAAAUGUUAAUCCAGUGGUGACAUCGAAGAGAUCUGACGCCUCUCUGAAUGCGAACCGAAUUCUAUAUUUUAUUAGAUGUAUAUUUUAUAAAAGAUUUACCUUUUUAUUCAAACCGGCCUAAAAUGAAUCAAACUCCAUAGAUGUACUAAUUCUUUAAUUAGUAUCAACUAGUUUUAUAUUGUUACCGGUAGAUGGCUCUGUACGGUAUAAUGCAGUUGCAGACGCCCGAUUUGUCGAAGAGGCAAAUUUAUAGUUUAGAAUUUUAUUAUAUUGUUUUUGUACAUAAUAUUAGUUAUUAUAAUUUUAUCGAAUAGUCUUAUAAUAAACUUCAAUACCUACAA